CCUUGGCGCAGGCUGCUCUAUCACUAUAUCUAUCUCUCGCCCCUCGCUCCUCUCACCUUUUACCACCUUUACUACCCCACUCACUGUCGCAGUUCAAGAGGACACACGAACUUCUCUCCCUAUGGCAAGCGGUACGCGUGCCCGACAACGCAGCAUGACGUUGAGACCGUCUUCUUCUUCGCACAGCGAUGGCGGACUCACUCCCGACUCGUACAUCAAUGAGCAAGGCAACGCAGCGCGUGAGGGUGAGUCGCGGAUGAAGCAGGAUUUUGACACCACGAACACCAGCGACGGUCAUGAUCAGCAGCAUUCCAUUGAGACUGAGGGAGAUGAAGUCGACCCUCUUGGACACGGUGUCAAAGAAGCACUCGCGGUGAUAGGCGAGUUGGAGACCCUAGGACUGCAAAAGCACGACAUCAACUAUCCGAGAUGUCUCGUCUUAGGCCAGCAGUCGACCGGCAAAUCAUCUGUCAUCGAAGGGUUGUCGGGUAUCAAGACUCCGCGAGACACGGGCACUUGCACGUCCUGCCCGUUGUACAUCACGCUGCAGCCGUCCGACAAUCCAGGUGCAGGAUGGUCCGCUCGAGUUUCGCUACAACAAGACUACGAUUUAGAUUUGGAUCUACAUCCAUCAAGGGAUGCUGAGCAGCUGUUCCCCGGCUGGACACAAGCUGCUUCAAGCCGCCACAUCCCGUUCGCCGAGACAAAAUCCCGCACGGAACUCGAAGUCCUCAUUCGCCGCGCCCAGUCAGCCAACCUCAACCCACUCGAAGAUCCACGCGUAUUCCUAAAAGGCGCAAACCGACCUCGAGGAACGCAACAAAACAAUUUCAGCCCCAACAUCGUGCGCAUCGACGUCACUGCACCCGGUCUGCCAACGCUGAGCUUCUACGACCUACCCGGUAUCAUCCAACAGGCCGACGCAGAAAACGAAGUCCUACUAGUCCGGAACCUCGUAACUCACUAUGUCAAACAACCCGGUUCUUUGAUCCUCGUCACGUGCGAUCUGAGCAACGACAUUGCGAACUCUUCGGCGGCAGGUCUAGCUCGGGAACACAAUGCCACAGAUCGUUGCAUUGGGGUUCUGACAAAGCCUGAUCUCCUCCCACGGGGCAAGACCGAUGACGAGCUCAUAGAUGUGCUGGAUAACAGACGCUUUCGGCUUGGUCAUGAGUACUUCGUCGUCAAGAACCUCGACAAGAGCGAGAUCGCACAGGGCCUGACGCACCAGGACGCUCGCAUCAAGGAGCGCGAGUUCUUUCAAACCGGCCGAUGGGCUACGACGCUCAGCCAGUUUCAAUCUCGGUUCGGCACGCUGAGUCUGCAGACCUACUUGUCCAAGGAGCUCGCCAAGCAAACGCUCAACGAGCUUCCGCGGAUCUACGCACAAAUCGAGGAGCGUCUUGCAGCAGUGGAGGAGGAAUUGGAUGGCAUUCCGGAGAUCCCAUCGCACAGCGCGGUGCGAACCAUCGCAGACGUUGUGCUGUCUUUCUCCACCAACGUGCGUCUCGAGAUGGAGGGGGAGCAUGAACAUACCGAAUGGCGCAAUAUCUGGGAAGGCAUACAGAAGACGUUCGCCGACUCGCUUGUUGCUAUGAAGCCCACCAUGUCGACGAGCGGUGACCUCGACGCGGGAGUCUUUGUCUACACUCUGCCUGGCCGAUCAGCCAAUGAAUCCAUCGUCAUUGACUCCGACGAUGAGGACGGCGACGGCAACUCGAAGAUGCGAGACUCGCCAGAAACACCCAGCAAGAAGCGUAAGCUGGAGGGCGGAACACCCACACCAUCCCCAUUCAAGACCCCCACCAAGCCCGUCCCCAAACCCCCAAGCAAGACGCCCACCAGGCCACCCACCAGGCGCGCAGAAGCCGCAAGGCUAGCCAAAGCCACCCAGCCAGCCGACUUCGCGCAAUUCCGCAAGCGCUUCAUCCUCGACGACGUAGUCCGUUCCGUGAACCAGCAGUCCAAGAGCAAAGUCCCCGGGCAAAUCCACCCCAAAGUCAAAGAAGCCAUGAUGCUCUCCGCACUGCAACACUGGCAGCGCCCCAUCGACGUCUUCUUCUCCUCGCUACGCACCGCCCUGCUCCAGCGCACACACUUCCUUCUCGACCGCCACUUCGCCAAAUGGGCCGGCUCGCAGCUAUACACGCAAACACGGGCCAUCGUACAAGAAGUCCUACACAACAACCUAAACGAGCAGCACCGCACAAUGGCCGCCGAGAGCCUGACGGACGAGUUGGAAGGGCCCUACAUAUUCUUCCAGGACGCGUUCCACGCCGAGAAAGAAAGCACGCACGAGCACUACCGCCAGCAUAGGCAGAAAGCGCGGUUUAGGCGCUACGUCGAAGAAGCCGAGGAGCACUUUGGGCGCGACAUCUCCGCCCCCGAGCAGGACAAGAUACGCAAGGAUGCGCAGAAGAUGGCGCGUGUGGCCCUGGAGCCGUAUGCGAGUGAGGUCGAGCUUGUGGCGGGGAUUACGGCGUAUUAUGGCCUGGCCGCGCGCCGGCUGCAUGAUAAGAUCUGUAUGCGUGUUGAGAGUAAGUUUUUUCGGCAGCUGCGGGUGCAGUUGCGCGGGGAGCUGGAGGAUGGGCUCGAGAUCUUUCAUGAGACGGAGGGGUUGAAUGUUGCGCGUCGGUUGCUGGCUGAGUCGCCGCAGCGUGAGGUGCGGCGGCAGGAGCUUGUUGCUUCGAGGGAUGCGCUGCGCAAGGGGUUGAAGUGUCUGGAUGAUUUGCGGGAUAAGUACCAGAGUGGUUCGUCGGUUGGUGGGGGAUUGGACGGUGCGGUUCGGUCGACAGAGGACAUGGAAGACGUUACCACUACGCUGCCUCGUCGCUGA